AUGUUCUACUUCCACUGCCCCCCGCAGCUAGAGGGCGCUGCCCCCUUCGGAGGUCACUCCGCCGGAGACUUCGACGACGGGUUCCUGCGCAGGAAGCAGCGCCGCAACCGCACCACGUUCACCUUGCAGCAGCUCGAGGCCCUGGAAGCCGUUUUUGCUCAAACCCACUACCCCGAUGUGUUCACUCGGGAAGAGCUGGCUCUGAAAAUCAACCUUACGGAGGCCAGGGUGCAGGUGUGGUUCCAAAAUCGAAGGGCUAAAUGGAGAAAAACAGAGAGGGGUGCUUCUGACCAAGAGGGCUCUAAGGAAACCAUGGCUGAGGUGGCACCUCCUGCGAGGAAUUUAAAUUCCCCUUCUCCAACAGACCAAACCAGGAAUAAAAAAGAGGGUCUGGAGAUCCAACAGAGCCUGAGCCGAGCAGUGGGUCCUACAGGACCUUUCUUCCCUUCCUGCCUGCCGGGGACUCUUCUCAACACAGCCACCUAUGCACAAGCUUUAUCCCACGUUGCCUCUCUAAAAGGGAGCCCGCUGUGCUCGUGCUGCGUCCCUGACCCCAUGGGCCUGUCCUUCCUGCCCACCUACGGCUGCCAGAGCAACCGCACGGCCAGCGUGGCGGCGCUGCGCAUGAAGGCGCGCGAGCACUCGGAGGCCGUGCUGCAGUCUGCCAACCUGCUGCCCACCGCCAGCAGCAGCCCCACGCCCCCCGCCAAGCCCGGCCCCGAGGGCGGCCAGGACAAGCAGCCCCCUGCAGCCAAGGAGCACGUGGAGGGCGAGAAGAGCGUAUGA